UCUAUAUACUCUCUGAAACCAUGUUCGGUGAUUCAAAGUUUCAAACUAACUUCUGCAACUUCUUCUGUCUUUUACGAUAUUACAGGAUUAAUAAUUUUCAGCCACAGCCUCGUAAACCAUGCGAUAGUGUCUAUCUUGAUAAUGUACCUCACUGUUAAUUGGCAGAAUCAACAUUUUCAAAUAGCUGCUGUAGUUACAAAUGUGCAAGAAGGGUUUUCAGACAUCUUGGUGAUCAUCUUAGCUCAUUUCUCGCGUACAUACAGGGGUUCGUAUAAUAUAAUUGUCACCACAAACGCUGCCUAUAUUGCUGGACUGGCUAUACUGUGGCGUUCUGCUGAGCAUAUGACCGCAGAUACAGCUGCCAAGGUAUACUAUGGUGCUGUGUUACUGCUGACAUUGGGCGAAGCAGGGCGGUCGGCUGCCUUGAAUGAAUUUCUUGACGAGCAAUAUUCAAGGGAACGGGACCAAACAGAAAUCAUAGACGAUGAAAAACUGCAAGACCGUCAAGAAGCUUUAUGGGGUCUUCCCUGGUUGUUGGGUGCAGUCGUACCGCUUUUCCUUGUAAAAACAACUUGGGAACAAAUUUUCAUGAUUUCAACAAUUGUGAUGGCAGUUUUUUACUUAAUCUUCUGUUGUGGCUACUCCUUUUAUUUCAUAAAUUAUAUUGAAGAGACCAUGUAUCCUAUAGAAGAAGCAGAAAGGGAGGAGAGUGGCACAGACAUAAAAGUGAACAACUUGGAACAAGUACAAAGGCAGAAAAUUUGCCUAGACAAAGAGGAGCUCCCAGAACCAGCAAGAGGGAAUAUUUGGAGUUUAAAAAAAAAAAUGGAAGCAAGGCAUAUUGUCAGACAAAUAUUAGCGAUGUGGCUAACCUUCCUGGUAUACAGUGUUGUUACUGCAGCAGGAAGUACGUUCUUUUUUGAACAAAUGAGUAACUUGCGUAUUCCAAUCAAGAACUAUGACGUUGCAGUUUAUUUCAAUGUAAUCAGCUCAUUUUCGAAGUACGCAAUUUCAUAUCUCUGGGAAUUAAUGAUUCCAAAGAAAAAGAAAUCGCGAGCUCUUACGCUGGUGAGAAUCGGUUGUGGACUGGCUUGUACUGUGCUGUGUUGCGUCGCAGCAUGGCAGGUUGAGAUCCGGAGGUUGAAGGAAAUUAAGAAGCAAGGAGUUGGAGACACUUCAGAGGUUAUUCCCAUGAGCAUCUUUUGGCUAGUUCCACAGUUCUCCUUGUUGGGGAUCAUGGAAGGGCUAGCAGUAGAUGGGUUGAUUGACUUUUUUGUUGAGCGAGUGGCGCGUCCUGAUGAUAAAGUAAUGGUCGAUUACUAUGCAUCCCACACCAGCGACUUCGUCAUAGGUGUUGGAAAGUUACUAACGGCACUUAGCAUUUUGGCGUUUAGACGAAGAUGGUUCGAUGACAGCAUAAAUCUGAGCCGUUUGGACAAGUAUUACAGAGCAUUAACAUUCAUGAGUCUCAUUGGGUUUUGCUACUACUUGUUUGUCUCCACCAUCUAUUACACCAAUAAUGAAUCACAAGAAUCUACGGAAGACGAAGAAAAUGAGACCAACUCGCACAGAACUGAGAAGCAGGAGUCGUCGCCGCCUUUACCACCUGGGCCGUCACCUCCUUCACCACAGGAAUCAUCACCGCCUUCACCACAGGAGCCGUCACCGGCUUUACAGCAGGAGCCGCAAGACUUUCUUUACCAUCAGCAGCCUCCUCCUCCGCAGCACCAACCACCACCACUGCCAACCCAGUAUUAUCUGCCACAGUACCCACCGCCACCACUACAGGCAUACUCUCCGGAGCAAUCAUACCCACCAGCAUGGUCAUUCCAGCCACAGCCAUUCCGCAGUCGUAUAACUCAUACACACCGCAACCGGGCCUGCCUGCAGAGUCGUACCCACCACAGCCAUACCGGCCGCAGGCGUACAACUCAUACCCACAGCAGUCGGGCUUGCCUGCAGAGCUGUACCCACCACAGCCUUCUUACUCGCUUCCAUAUAAUCCACAGCUGUACCAGCCACAAUAAUGCAGACUUCUUGCAGCAGUUUGUGGAUUUGAAUCUGAAGAGUCAGGGAUCUGAUCCUCAAACAAGUUGGGAUAUUUUUAUUUCUUCUCCAGUUCUCCUUAAGUUUCGCAUGUAA